UGAAUCUUCUUUCCGUCCCCCGCUUGCCUGCAUUCCCUCGCAACUUUUUCAAACCCCGCCAUCUCGCUGGGACUUGUUCCGACAGGGUGUUCGCCCCGAUACGUCCGUGCCAUUCCCAUCUUCACCAGCUGGGAUUUGUUUCCGUCCCCGCUUCGUCAUCGACAGACUACGUUAGGCAACACCAAGAAGGUUCCGCAGCAUGGCCACUUGAGCGAUCAUGACUGUUCUUAGCAUUGUUGUGAAUAGAUCAAUCGGAAAUCGACUCUUAUAGACACUUGAUUUAACUAUCCACCACCUCAGCCCUCGCUCUCCCACGUCUUGACAACGGAACCACUGCCGCCCCUGACUCUUAUCUCCGCCCGAUAGCUUUCGCAAGCUUCAGCUUCCUUUCUUCAAUAUGUCCCACAAUUUCGAGAAGUCGGUGAAGGGGGCUACCAAGGUCAAGCUCGCCGCCCCCAAAUCCAAGUACAUCGAACAUAUCCUGGUAGCGACACAUACAGGCGAAGCGGGUGUGGCAGAGAUUUUUCGAACUUUGCAGCUCAGGCUCCGCGACUCAACAUGGACAAUCGUUUUCAAGGCUCUAAUUGUGAUACACCUCAUGAUAAGGGAGGGACAAUUGGACGCCACGUUGCAGUACAUGGCGGAGAACCCCCAGAAGCUGGCAAUCAGCGGGUUUUCGGAAGUCCAGUCGCAAGGCCACAACAUUCGGAGAUACUCCGACUAUCUUCUGGCGCGCGCAAAAGCCUUCGAGACUACAAAGACCGAUUAUGUACGAAGCGGCCAGGGCCGGAUGAGGCGAUUGACUGUCGAAAAAGGUCUUCUGAGAGAAACAGAGAUUGUUCAACGACAGAUCCGGGCUUUGCUCCGAUGUGACCUUUUGACGGACGAUGUCGAAAACGAGAUCUCCUUGACCGCAUUCCGUUUGCUCACAUUGGAUCUAUUGACCCUUUACUCAGUGAUGAACGAGGGAACAAUAAAUGUCUUAGAGCAUUACUUUGAGAUGUCACGUCCCGACAGCGAAAGGGCGCUGGAGAUCUAUAAAACAUUUACUCAGCAGACGGAAGAAGUCGUCAAGUUCCUCGGUGUUGCUCGGCAUUUCCAAUCAGCGACGCGUUUGGAAAUACCUAAGCUCAAGCAUGCCUCUACCGAUUUGACUCGAUUACUCGAAGACGAUUUGAACGACCCAGACUUCAAUCUCCGCCGUCGCGAGUACCUUGCACGCAAGCAGGGCAAGAGUGUUCCAGCCCCAUCUUCCGUGCCCAAGAAUUCGACAGGGGAUCCUUCCGCCAACCACUCAAACUUCAAUCAGGCCCGGCCUCAGACACAGCUCAACCCACAAGCGCAAGCGAAGUCGAACCCAGUGGAUUUGAUUGACUUUUUCGACUCGAUCGAACAGAAUCAACAGCCGAUGGCGCAGCAAAACACUUUCCAACAGCAGCAGUUCCAGCAGCAGCCGCAGACGAUGCAGUUCCAGCAAGCAGGCUUCCAACCACAGCAGCAAGCAUUCUAUGCACAACAGACUGGCUUUCCACAGCAGCAAUUGCAACAGCAACCACAAGCAGCUGGCUAUGGUCAGCAGCCAGCGCCAUUCGGUCCUCAAUUCACGGCUCAGAACCCUCAGCAAUUCAAUCAGCCGCAUGUUCCACAGCCUCUCCAACCAGACCACACAGGAGCCGGAUUUGGUGGCUACUCAGCGCAGCCUCAAAACUAUGGGUACCAACUCAACCUGGCUCCCAUCCCACAAAAUGACGUUAGCGCAUUCCCGCCGCAACAACAACAGCAGCCGCAGCCGCAGCAGCAACUGGUGCCAGGGGGUCAGCAACUAUUGCAACCCCAGUCCACCAACCCCUUCAGACAGUCAAUGCUGAUGAACACGCCGACCGGAUCGGUAACGCCACUUGACCGCCAAAACACCAACCCGUUCGCGCGGCGGUUAUCGACGGCGCACCCGCAAUACAACGCCGGCGGCCCUGAGGCGUUCCCUCCGGCGCAAGCGCAACCACAGUCCCAGGUGCAACAGCCUGCACCUCUUCAAGCUCAACGGACGGGAACAAACCCCUUUGCUCGCAGCUCCUCGGUACCACCACAGCAGACGCAGGGUCUACAACCUCCUGCUGCGGCACCUCUCCGGCCAAACCCCACGGGAAGCACGAACCCAUUUCGCCAAAGUGCCUUUGUCAACCAGCAAACAGGCCAAGGAUGGCAUGUGGGCGGCCAACAAGGCACAAUGGGUGGCCUAGAGCAAUUGGACACGGUCCCCAUCUUCCCGCGACCGGGCAUGUAGAUAUGGAUGGGUGGAGAUCGUUUGUAGAUAAAGAUACUUGUUGGCUGCUACUGCGAAUGCUGGGCUAUAGUAGUUGUCUGGUGUGUUAGUACAUUGCUGUCGGCCUUACCUCAUAUUCUUUGGCCCACUUAAUUCUUGUCAUUACCAUUCGCUCUGUAUCUGACAUUUAUUAUGUAUCGCUCUCAUGACCUAUGGGUUGAGGGUGGUGAGCUCACGGCGCGGGCGCGACUGUUCAAUUGGCUGUCCUGUAUUGAUACCUACUUAGCUAGUGUUUGAGCAACAUAACAUAAAUGAAGCGG